GCGGCGGGCAGCGGGGGGAGCGCCGGGCUGGGGCCGAUGGUGCUGAUUCCGGGAGGGGUGUUCACCAUGGGCACCCACAAGCCUGAAAUCCAGCAGGAUGGAGAGGGGCCUGCCAGGAGAGUGCACAUUGACAGCUUCUACAUGGACCAGUACGAGGUCAGCAACCAGGACUUUGAGAGAUUUGUGAAUUCCACGGGCUACAUCACUGAGGCAGAGAAAUUUGGUGACUCCUUUGUGUUUGAGGGGAUGCUGAGUGAAGCAGUGAAGGCUGACAUCCACCAGGCAGUGGCAGCUGCUCCCUGGUGGCUGCCUGUGAAAGGAGCCAGCUGGAAGCACCCUGAGGGCCCUGACUCCAGCAUCUCCAGCAGAAUGGACCAUCCAGUCCUUCAUGUGUCCUGGAAUGAUGCCAUGGCCUUCUGCAGCUGGGCAGGGAAGCGCUUACCGACGGAGGCUGAGUGGGAAUACAGCUGUCGAGGGGGCCUUGAGAACAGGCUUUUCCCCUGGGGCAACAAAUUGCAGCCCAAAGGGCAACACUAUGCCAAUAUCUGGCAGGGAGAAUUCCCCACCAAUAACACAGCAGAGGAUGGCUACAAGGGGACUGCACCUGUCUCUGCCUUUCCCCCCAACGCUUACGGCCUCUACAACAUGGUGGGGAACGCCUGGGAGUGGACAUCUGACUGGUGGGCUGUGCACCACUCCCCACAGGAGCUCCACAACCCUAAAGGGCCGUCCUCGGGCACGGACAGAGUGAAGAAGGGUGGAUCCUACAUGUGCCAUAAGUCCUACUGCUACAGGUACCGCUGUGCAGCUCGGAGCCAGAACACCCCCGACAGCUCCGCGUCCAACCUGGGCUUCCGCUGCGCCGCCGCCGCCCCGGGGCCGCGCUGACACGGCCACGCGCCCGGGGACAGCAAGGGCUGUGCACCCCAGGGAGAAGAAACGUCAGCUGCAUCCCUUGGUGAUGACACACAACGGGAAAACCUUGCUUGAAGUUCCUGCUGAGGGAAGAAAAACCAGCACGACUCAGUGGCGCUUGGAGAACCUUCGUGUUCAUGAGCAGCUCCUGACCGGAGUGUUUUGGAUUCAACUGGAACCAAACUGAGCAGAAACAUGCCAAUCGUGUUUUCAAAGAUUACUUAAUCCCUGUAUUACUCAGGCUGGAAAAGAGCUCCAGAAUUAUUGAGUCCGACCCUUGACUGAUCACCACCUGGUCAACUACGAGUUCCUCCUUAGACAAGAUCUUUAUUAAUCAGUUUUAUUUAUGUAGAGCUUCUACACUUAAAUGCAAUAAGCAAAGACUUUGUAAACAUCUAGACAGUUUUAAAAGAAAUUCUAGGCAGUUAGGAAAUUCUAGGCAGCUUUGAGAGAGAAUGAAGGAGUCAAGAAUGAGGGCUGGGAGAUGACAGCUCUCCCCACAGGCAGCUCGCCCUUUGUUACAUUCCACUUGCAGUGAAAAUCAUGUCCAGAAAUGGGCUUCUUCUGAGGAGAUACUUGCUGCUCUUUAGGAAGUGCCUUCUGCAGCUGAGGGUGAUGAUCCUCAGGCUGAUUAUGAUUAGAAAUCUUGUACAUAUUUGAAUAAAAUAUCAAGCAUUUGUUUAUGCCAAAGACUUUUAUUGAAGGAAAAACACUAUUUCCUCUGAAUUUCUUGGACGCAGUGUAGGCUUAUUUUAGGGACUUGGAAAAUGCAAAAGUGGCCUCAUUAGAAACUGAAGCUAAUGAAUGAUUCCACUUGAAUAAAAGUCAUGGAAGUGACGGUAGAUGGAACUAUGAGC